GGUAUCUUAGAUAGCAUGGACUUUGUCUUCUUUAUGCCACGAUCCAUAGCAGACCGAAAUAGAUCGUCACUGGCCGGGUAUCCAGAUCCGUGAUGAUCAGAUUAUCAAUGACAUGGAAUCCAUUAUGUGGGUGCACCUCUUAAAUCUCAAAUUCGUUAUCAACAUGCAUCUUAAGUAUACCUGCCUGCAUCCGAACAGUAAGCUGGUGAUGAACUUGGGACAAGGAUCAAAAAGACCCAUGCGCCUCUUCUCCUCGCCUUUCCCAUCUCCCUUUUCAUCCUCCUCCUCCUCCUCAAGGGCCGGUCAAGGCACCUUUUGUACCUCUGCGCCCAGAGUCAUUAUCAUCGAUGAGUGUAUUUGCUUUUUUGGCAUCCCAAGAAAUGCUCGUCGUCAACUUGUCCUGUUGGUGACGGCACAACACGACGCUAGACCCCUCUCGGGGUGUCCGUUCAAUCGCUGCUGUAACCCCUCCAUUCUGCGCUCAUCCUCUCUUCCCGCAACCUUCUCCUCGUUCACCUCCAACCUGAACCUCCUUCUCCCUCCACUCUACGGCCGACGGGCACUCAAUUGAUUCACUAAUAUCGCAUCAAUUGACAAUCCAUUGGCAGACCUCCAGAUUGCUUCUUUUUGCGACCGCUGUAGUUGUCUGCAGUCCGCCUGCGCCAAUUGCGACACUAAGACGACGACUGCACCAAGCCGCAUUCCUUCUCGGUCGCUGUUGCUUGUCAGAUUUGCACCAGCCAGCAAAUUGACCGAGUU